AUGGGACUCAGAGUUCGAAAGGAGUCUGAAAAGAGUCCCAAAGGAGUCCCAAAGGAGUCCCAAAGGAGUCCCAAAGGAGUCCCAAGGGAGUCCCAAAGGAGUCUGAAAGGAGUCCCAAAAGGAGUCCCAAAAGGAGUCCCAAAGGAGUCCCAAAGGAGUCUGAAAGGAGUCCCAAAGGAGUCCCAAAGGAGUCCCAAAGGAGUCCCAAAGGAUUCCCAAAGAAGUCCCAAAGGAGUCUCAAAGGAGUCCCAUAGAAGUCCCAAAGGAGUUCGAAAGGAGUCCCAAAAGAGCCAAAGGAGUCCCAAAGGAGUCCCAAAAGAGUCCCAAAGGCUUCCCAAAGGAGUCCCAAAUGAGUCCCAAAGAAGUCCCAAAGGAGUUUCAAAGGAGUCCCAAAGAAGUCCCAAAGGAGUCCCAAAGGAUUCCCAAAGAAGUCCCAAAGGAGUCUCAAAGGAGUCCCAAAGAAGUCCCAAAGGAGUCCCAAAGGAGUCCCAAAGGAGUCCCAAAGAAGUCCCAAAGGAGUUUCAAAGGAGUCCCAAAGAAGUCCCAAAGGAGUCCCAAAGGAGUUCCAAAGGAGUCCCAAAGGAGUCCCAAAGGAGUCUCAACCGAGUCCCGAAGGUGUCCCAAAGGAGUCCCAAAAGAGUCCCAAAGGAGUCCGAAAGGAGUCCGAAAGGAGACCCAAAGGAGUCUCAAAGGAGUCCCAAAGGAGUCCCAAAAGAGUCCCAAAGGAGUCCGAAAGGAGUCCCAAAGAAGUCCCAAAGGAGUUCCAAAGGAGUCCCAAAGGAGUCCCAAAGGAGUCCCAAAAGAGUCCCAAAGGAGUCCCAAAGGAGUCCCAAAGGAGUCAGAAAGGAGUCCCAAAGGAGUCAGAAAGGAGUCCCAAAGGAGUCCCAAAGGAGUCUGAAAGGAGUCCCAAAGGAGUCUAAAAGGAGUCUGAAAGGAGUCCCAAAGGAGUCCCAAAGGAGUCCCAAAGGAGUCCCAAAGGAGUCCCAAAGGAGUCCCAAAGGGGUCCCAAAGGAGUCCCAAAGGAGUCCCAAAAGAGUCCCAAAAGAGUCCCAAAAGAGUCCCAAAAGAGUCCCAAAAGAGUCCCAAAGGAGUCUGAAAGGAGUCCCAAAGGAGUCCCAAAAGAGUCCCAAAAGAGUCCCAAAGGAGUCCCAAAGGAGUCUGAAAGGAGUCCCAAAGGAGUCUGAAAGGAGUCCCAAAGGAGUCCCAAAAGAGUCCCAAAAGAGUCCCAAAAGAGUCCCAAAGGAGUCCCAAAGGAGUCUGAAAGGAGUCCCAAAGGAUUCCGAAAGGAGUCCCAAAGGGUCCCAAAGGAGUCCGAAAGGAGUCCCAAAGGGGUCCCAAAGGAGUCCCAAAGGAGUCCCAAAGAAGUCCCAAAGGAGUCCCAAAGGAGUCCCAAAGGAGUCCCAAAGGAGUCUGAAAGGAGUCCCAAAGGAGUCUGAAAGGAGUCCCAAAGGAAUCCCAAAGGAAUCCCAAAGGAAUCCCAAAGGAAUCCCAAAGGAAUCCCAAAGGGGUCCCAAAGGAGUCCGAAAGGAGUCCCAAAGGAGUCCCAAAGGAGUCCCAAAGGAGUCCCAAAGGAAUCCCAAAGGAAUCCCAAAGGAGUCCCAAAGGAGUCCCAAAGGGGUCCCAAAGGAGUCUGAAAGGAGUCCCAAAGGAGUCCCAAAGGAGUCCCAAAGGAGUCUGAAAGGAGUCCCAAAGGAGUCCCAAAGGAGUCCCAAAGGAGUCUCAAAGGAGUCCCAAAGAAGUCCCAAAGGAGUCCCAAAGGAGUCCCAAAGGAGUCCCAAAGGAUCCCAAAGGAGUCCCAAAGGAGUCCCAAAGGAGUCCCAAAGGAGUCUGAAAGGAGUCCCAAAGGAGUCCCAAAGGAGUCCCAAAGGAGUCCCAAAGGAGUCCCAAAAGAGUCCCAAAGGAGUCCCAAAGGAGUCCCAAAAGAGUCCCAAAGAAGUCCCAAAGGAGUCCCAAAGGAGUCUCAAAAGAGUCCCAAAGAAGUCCCAAAGGAGUCCGAAAGGAGUCCCAAAGGAGUCCCAAAGGAGUCUCAAAAGAGUCCCAAAGAAGUCCCAAAGGAGUCCGAAAGGAGUCCGAAAGGAGUCCCAAAGGAGUCCCAAAGGAGUCCCAAAGGAGUCUCAAAGGAGACCCAAAGGAGUCCCAAAGAAGUCCCAAAGGAGUCCGAAAGGAGUCCCAAAGGAGUCCCAAAGGAGUCUCAAAGGAGUCCCAAAGGAGUCCCAAAGGAGUCUAAAAGGAGUCCCAAAAGAGUCCCAAAGGAGUCCCAAAGGAGUCCCAAAGGAGUCUGAAAGGAGUCCCAAAGGAGUCCCAAAGGAGUCUGAAAGGAGUCUGAAAGGAGUCCCAAAGGAGUCUGAAAGGAGUCCCAAAGGAGUCCCAAAGGAGUCUGAAAGGAGUCUGAAAGGAGUCCCAAAGGAGUCUGAAAGGAGUCCCAAAGGAGUCCCAAAGGAGUCUGAAAGGAGUCCCAAAGGAGUCCCAAAGGAGUCUGAAAGGAGUCUGAAAGGAGUCCCAAAGGAGUCUGAAAGGAGUCCCAAAGGAGUCCCAAAGGGACAUUGA